GAGAGAGAGAGAGAGGGAGAAACAGAGAGAGGGAGAUCGAGUGGACCUCAUGGUAAAUCAGUAAGAGAGGAGAAGGGGCUGGAGAGUGAGAGGUGGGAGAGAUACCUGUACUGAGGGGGGUGUGUUCCAGAGAGACUGAGAGUUAAGAAGGGACAGGAAGAUUGGAGCCGUUAGUGCGAGGCACAGGAGUCUGGAGGGAGGGAGAGAGGCAGCGUGGAAGGGAGUAGGGGAGCAGCGCUCAGCGGCAGCUCAGAGAACGAGAGAGAGAGAGAGAAGAAGGAGGCGUGUGCAGGUAGCUUUCUGUGCUACCGCCUCCACUUGUGUCAGAGAUGGUGGGAUUCUUGUCGUUCAUUCGGAAUUUCUCGUGCAGCUGCUACUUCUUGUGGGCACUCCUGCGCAAGUUUUCCACUUCCAGUGUGGAGGGGGAGCCACAGAACACAGAGACGGGCACCUUCUCGGACAGCCCGUGCAGCCAGACCCCCUUCCGAGCUGAUCGCUAUGACAACAGCCCUCCCGUGCCCCCCCACCCGCAACAGCACCACCAUCACCACCACCACCCCCCUCCACAGCCACCCCCUCCCGCCAGCGUGACCUGGGCACAGCGCACCCGGCACCAGCCGGCCAGCCUGGCCCUGCGCAAGCAACAGGAAGAGGACAACAAGCGGCCCAAAGCAAUGUCUGACAGCUAUGAGCUCUCCACUGACCUGCAGGACAAGAAGGUUGAGAUGCUGGAGCGCAAGUACGGCGGGUACUUCCUGAGCCGGCGAGCGGCUCGCACGAUCCAGACGGCAUUCCGGCAGUACCGCAUGAACAAGAACUUCCAGCGCCUGCGCAGCUCCGCCUCCGAGAGCCGCAUGUCGCGACGCAUCAUCCUGUCAAACAUGCGGCUGCAGUACUCCUUCGAGGGGCAGGGGCAGGGGCACGGGCAGGGGCAGGGGCAAUACCCUUCCAGCAACCUCUCUGCAGCGGGAGCCGCGGACAUGCAGCACCCUGACAGCCCUGCGGGGGGAGCCAGCACAGAGUACAGGAACGACAUGUCCGAUCUGGAGGACAGCUUCUCCAAGCAGGUGAAGUCCCUGGCAGACUCUAUCGAUGAUGCGCUCACCUGUCGCCCCUCUCACACAGACCCCCGAGAGACAGGGGGAGGAGAGGGGGAAGGAUUCGGAGUGGAGGAGGAGGAAGAAGAGGAGGAGGAAGAGGAGGAGGAAGAGGAAGGCGUGGGAGCGGAACGGGUCUGGGGGGGGACCCCGACCUCCCGGAGCAGACAGCAGCAGCAGCAGCACGAGGACAGCACUGCCACCUCGUACAGCGACGUGACUCUCUACAUGGAGGAUGGGCUACCCUCCUCCCCCCUCUCCCUGGACCGGGCCCCCAGCAGCACGGACACCGAGUACUGGGGGCCGGGGGGCGGAGGAGGAGGGGGGGGGUGCAGGGAGGACAGCCGGGAGACGGAGGGGAGCCGCAGGAGCACGCCCUGUACAGAGUGCCGGGACUACAGGCUCCGAGGGGCGCACCUGCCCCUGCUGACCAUCGAGCCCCCCAGCGACAGCUCAGUGGACAUGAGUGACCGCUCCGACCGGGGCUCCCUCAGCCGGCAGCUGGGCUACGAACCGGAGACGACCGGGGGAGGGUCCCCGCAGGGCACCCUGAAACACAGGCAGGGCCCGCAGGGGCAAACCAGGGCCAGCGGGGGGCGGUCUCACCACCCCAACCACUCCUCCCACCACUCCCACCACUCUCACCAGCACCAGUACCCUGACCCCCCAGCCAUCCUGCCCGGGCUCCCUGCUCUCCCAGUGAUGCCUGUGCUGCCCCCCUCUGGGGGAGCCGGGCCCAACAACGGGGGGGGCGGCCCGGUUUUGAACAACGUGAACAACGUGACGGCCACCAGCAGCGAGGCCUGCUGCUCUGACGGAGACAACGACUCCCUGAACAGCACCACCAACUCCAACGAGACCAUCAACUGCAGCUCGGGAUCCUCGUCCCGGGACAGCCUGCGCGAGCCCCUGCCCCCCCUGGGCAAGCAGACCUACCAGCGGGAGAGCCGGCACAGCUGGGACUCACCGGCAUUCAAUAACGACGUGGUGCAGAGGAGACAGUACAGGAUCGGACUGAACCUCUUCAACAAGAAGCCUGAGAAGGGGAUCCAGUACCUGAUCGAGCGUGGUUUUGUGUCGGACACGCCCGUGGGAAUCGCUCACUUCAUCCUGGAGAGGAAGGGGCUGAGCAGGCAAAUGAUAGGAGAGUUCCUGGGGAACCGGCAAAAACAGUUCAACAAGGACGUGCUGGACUGUGUUGUGGAUGAGAUGGAUUUCUCUGGGAUGGAUCUGGACGAUGCUCUCAGGAAAUUUCAGGCUCAGAUCAAAGUCCAGGGGGAGGCACAGAAAGUGGAGCGACUCAUUGAGGCUUUCAGUCAGCGAUACUGUGUGUGUAACCCCGCGCUCAUCAGGCAGUUCCAGAACCCCGAUACGAUCUUCAUCCUGGCCUUCGCCAUCAUCCUCCUCAACACUGACAUGUACAGCCCCAGCGUCAAGGCUGAGAGGAAGAUGAAGCUUGACGACUUCAUCAAGAACCUGAGAGGGGUCGACAACGGCCAGGAUAUUCCUCGUGACCUGCUGCUGGGUAUUUACCAGCGCAUUCAGAAGUGGGAGCUGCGCACCAACGAUGACCACGUGUCUCAAGUGCAGGCGGUAGAGAGAGUCAUCGUGGGAAAGAAGCCGGUCCUGUCUCUCCCUCACCGUCGUCUGGUGUGCUGCUGUCAGCUGUACGAGGUGCCCGACCCCAACCGACCCCAGAGGACAGGGGUGCACCAGAGAGAGGUGUUCCUGUUCAACGACCUGCUCGUGGUGACGAAGAUUUUCCAGAAGAAGAAGACCUCGGUGACGUACAGCUUCCGACAGUCCUUCCCAUUGGUGGAGAUGCAGGUCCACCUGUUCCAAAACUCCUACUACGCUCACGGUAUCAGGCUCACCUCCUCCAUCCCAGGGGGGGAGAGGAAGGUCCUGAUCAUCUUCAACGCUCCCAGCCAGCAGGACCGCACCCGCUUCUCCAGCGACCUGAGAGAGAGCGCGGCCGAGGUGCAGGAGAUGGAGAAGUACAGAGUGGAGUCCGAGCUGGAGAAGCAGAAGGGAGUGAUGCGUCCCAGUCUGACAGGGGCGGGGCCUGUGCUGGGGGGCGGGGUCAAGAACAACGAGACGGUGAACGGAACCCUGAGCCGGCCCAGUCUGGAUGACAGCUACACCACAGGGGAGGGGCUUAAGCGCACUGCGUUGAGCUCCUCCCUCAGGGACCUAUCAGAGACAGGGCUCCAUUAUUAGCAGCCCUCACCCUCACCACCAGCGGUUCCUGCCGCCCCACCACCCCCCGCCGGGCCCCACGGGGAGCUGCUUCUCUCCCCCUGACGAGUACCGCCUACAUC